AUAAAAAAUGAAUUUAGGCUACUUUAAAUUAAAUUGAAAAAAAGUAUUGUAGUAAAAAAAUGCAAUGUUUCUCGUUUUUGUUUCUUGUGAAUUAUUUCAGACUUCAAAUCCUAGUGCUAAAUAUGUAUUGUAUUUAUGUGGUAUGUAUUUUAAUUUGAUAUAAUACUAAUAAAUUCUAAUGAUAUUUCACUUCUUAUACAACUAUACAAGCACAAGUGUCAAGUCCAGUAUCAAAAUAAUUGCCUAUACAUAACUCCUUAAAAAUUCCACUAAAAAUAAUAAUGCAUAAUAUGUUGCUUAUUGUUGGUACAAUAUAAUAUUCAAUAAUCAUAGAAACGACUAGUUUAAUUUUCUACCAUUCAAUUCAAUUAGUAAUUUUUGUAUGUCAUAAAUAUUUAUUAAAUUGCUUAUCAACUCUUUUUAAAGUUACAAUAAUAAUUAUAGAAUUUUAGAUACAAAAUGAAUAAUGUUCAAAAUGAAUUUGAAGAAACAUUGAAACGCAUCCAAUCUCAAAAUGGCGUUGUUGGUGUUAUUGUGGUAAACAAUAAUGGUGAUCUCAUAACAUCAACAUUAGACAACAGAUCAUCUGUUAGCCACGCUGAAAUGAUAAUGAAGUUGGCCGACAACGCAAAAGGUUUUGUUAGAAAUUUGGAUCCGUCUAACGAGUUAAUGGUUUUACGAAUGGGCUCUAAAAGACGAGAGGUACUAGUGGCACCUGGUAAAGAUUUCAUAAUUAUCGUUCUUCAGAAACAAAAUCAUAAAUCUAUAAUGAAAAGUAUAGCGAACUCUUUAUAAUGCAUUUAUAUAAUAUUGCUUUGAAUACAAAAAAAUGAAAUUUUGUAAUUAUAAAUUAAUUAUAUUAUAUCUACUUGACUAUACUAUAAGUAAGACACGCAUUA